UCCACACACCAGGCAAGUUGCAAAUAUUUCCAGAAGAAAAGAAAAAAACUAAUAAUUUGUUUUUAUUUCUUAAUUUUAGCGCUGAAAAAUUGAAGAAAAAUGUUGGCUAAACACAUUGUCAAACAAGGUCUCCUUUUGAGAAAUGCUGGUGCCUUGUCCCGUGCAUCCUACCACGGUAGUGGCGUUAAAGUAACCAUGGAUGAUUUGCCCGUGCCACAAGGUGACUGGAAGGAACACCACACCCGCCAAAACUCCAAAUACAAUGCUGUCUUGGCCGCUGGUAUUGCUGCUUUGGUUGGCACCAUUGCCUUGGUUAAAACUACCGGCAUCAUUCACUUGAACUACAGCCCCCCAGAAUCUACCGAUUAAAUAAUUUUAUUGUAAAGUUAUGUGUGUUUAAAUAGUA